GCACGUUUACUCAGUGGAGGGAAACAGUGUGGGUACACAGCAUCACUGGAUCCUCAUGCAGCUUUGUCCGUUUUCUGCACUUUCAUGGAAGUAAAGCAGUUUUCACACCCUAUUGUCGGGAUGGAGAAGUCCAAAGUGGAUUUUAAAUGAAGUCUGGACUCCUGAUUUGAUUUAUUACCUGCGUUAGGACCUGUGAGAGGACUCUACCUGAGGAGGAAACAUGAAAAGUUUGCUUUUUGUCACCUUGUGUUUCUCCACGUUUCCGCUCAUGGUUGACGGACGACAUCCCACCUGCAACUUCCUGCUGGAGGUGGAGAGAGAUGAGGCCGAGUGUGUGAGGAGGCUGAGGGAGGAGGAAGCUUCGGGAGAACACAAAGGCCCGGGAUGCAAAGGAGCGUGGGACAGUAUUGCAUGCUGGGAGCGAUCUGAGGUCGGACAGACCUUCACCAUCCCGUGUCCUCGAGUCCUCAAGACUGUAUUCGGCAGAAAUGGUAACAUCAGCAGGAACUGCACGGCUGCAGGAUGGUCGGAGGUGUUCCCGAACAUCUCCAGUGUCUGUGGGUCGGACACCAGCCAGGACAAGCUGGUGUUUUACAUGGUCGUGAAGACGCUGUACACCCUGGGUCACAGUCUGUCGUUAAUCGCUCUCACCACCGGGAGCGCCAUUCUCUGUCUGUUCCGGAAGCUCCACUGCACCAGGAACUACAUCCACCUCAACCUCUUCUUCUCCUUCAUCCUGAGAGCCGUGGCGGUGUUGGUGAAGGACGACAUCAUCUUCAACCGAGCCUCGCAGUGCUCCAGCCAGCCGUCACUGGUGGGAUGUAAAGCCAGCCUGGUGUUUUUCCAGUACUUCAUCAUGGCUAACUUCUUCUGGCUGCUGGUGGAGGGGCUGUACCUCCACACGCUGCUCGUCGUCAUCUUCUCCGAGAACAGACACUUCAUCGUCUACAUGUUCAUCGGCUGGGGAAUCCCCUUGGUGUUCGUUUUCGCGUGGGUGAUGACGAGGAUUUAUCUGGAGGACACGGGAUGCUGGGAGAGGAAUGACAACCCCAUACCCAACUGGGUGAUCAACGGACCAAUCGGUUUGUCCAUCAUGGUGAACUUUAUCCUGUUCAUCAGCAUUAUUCGGAUCUUGGUCCAGAAGCUGAGGUGUCCUGACGUGGGCGGAAACGACCAAUCACAAUACAGGAGGUUGGCUAAAUCCACCCUGCUGCUGAUCCCUCUGUUCGGGAUCCACUACGUUGUCUUUGUGAGUCUCGGCGGAUCCAUCGCGGAGGAUUAUAAAAUAUUCUUCGACCUCGCACUCGGAUCCUUUCAGGGUCUGGUGGUGGCCAUCCUGUACUGUUUCCUCAACAGUGAGGUUCAGGGUGAGCUGAAGAGGAAGUGGCGGAGCAUGUGUCUGAACUGCCGUCUGAACAGAGAUCACUUCAGCAACACCUUCGCCUCCAGGAACGGCUCGGAGCACAUGGUGCAGCCUCACCGCAACUCCCGCACCCAGUCCAUCCUGCAGUCUGAGACCUCCGUGCUCUGAGGACCUGAAAGAAUCCUUUAGAAAAGAAAGAAAGUCAAACACAGUCCUCAGGUUGGCGUGGGUCGAAUGGUUUGACAGAUUGAUUUAAGUGAAGGUGGGGCAUGCUCAUCGUUUUAUGGCAAAUGUUGGUUUUAGCUUCACUCUGUGAGCAUUCAAAAUGUACCUUAAGUGGACCUCCAUUUCUAAACCCAUCCUGUGAGGGUGUGUGUGUGUGUGUGUGUGUGUGUGUGUGUGUGUGUUUGCUGCCUAGAAAGACCCAUUUCUAAUCAGUGUUUUAAUAUAAGCUAAGCUAACGGGUCUUUUAGGCAAUCGUUGCAAACUCUGUGAGUGAUGUAGGUAUUUUGACUCGUACGUAUUUGUAUCAGUUACAUAUUUAUUCAGAGAUGUAUGUAGGAGAAUCAGUGCCGUGUUUAUCGUCACGGUAAGCAGACUGUUGAUUGAUUUAGUGCCAAUGUGUGGUUGUUGUCGGCCAAUUAGCUAAUUAGCUAUUAGCUGGAUAAUGUGUAGACCCGGAGGAUCCUUAAAAUCAAACACAGUCUUCAGGUUGACCUGGGUCGAAUGGUUUUAAAGUCGAGGUGAAGAACCACAUGGCGGGGCAUCGUCAGCACUUCCUGGCAGAUUUUGGUUUUAGAUUUACAAGUGUAAGCCUUCAAACUGUAUCCUAAGUGGAGCAUCUGCAUUUCUGAACCAUCAUCUGAAGGUACGAUUGUGUUUGUGUUGCAAACUCUCAUUAAGUCCGUUGUGUUGUAGAUAUUGCUGGCAAUUUGACUCGUACGCAUUUGCAUCAGUUACAUAUUUAUUCAGAGAUAUAUGUCAGAGCGUCAGGGACCUUUUGCUCGUCACAGUUCUGUGGUUGAUGUCGACUUGGAAAAUCUUGGAAGUAUUGUUUUGAAUGUUGGCGUAAAUGAUCCCCAGUUAAUAUUUGACAUAUCAUCCUUUAGUUGACUUAAUUUGCAAGCCACAUUCAUUAAGUAAAGGAACUGAUCUCCCAUUGAGAGCACAAGUCUUUCAUCAAUUGUGCCCACCCAUCGAGGUCUUACUCAACCGAAAAGGAGUUUGACUAAAACAGAAACGAGCUACUUGUGUUUGGUAAAAAGAACCCGUGGUUUCUGAGCACACUCAAUCCUUCCAAUCAGCAACAGUAUUAUUUCUCAGAGGAAGAGGGGGCAACUUAUAUCUUAACCCUAACCCUAAUAACGUUUUCUAUGGUCCAUAUUAGCCAGAUCCACCCUAAAGCUGAUUAAAAUGCAUGUUGACCCGGGUCAGCACUGGUGGCUUCUGGAGAUAACUGGUAGACAGGGUUGUUUUUGUACUGGUUCAGAACCCAAACUGCAUAAUUGUAAAUGUACAUUUAAUGAUAUGCUUUAAUUGAAAAGUGGCGUGCGUGCCCAAAACCCUUUAUCUGUGCUUUGAUGGUUUUAAUGAAGCUAUGUGCUCAGACUGACGAUGUCAUGCAACUAAAAGGGAAAUUGGAGUGUCCACCAGAAAGGUAAAUGAUAUAUAAUGUGUCACUUGAGUCUUGGUUUGGAGAGGCCAGGUUGUGUUUUCUUUUUACACAUUUGUGAUGUAGGAUUUGAGCGGGACUGAUGUUUCAUUGGGAAACCAGUGAGGGAUCACUUCCCCCAGUGAAGUUGGGUUUCCAAACCGUUGCCACCUAAAAGGGAAAAGUUCAGACUGAGGAUAAUGUGGCUUCUACCCAUGCAGCGGUUGCAUGUUUGCCUUCUUUAUUGAUGUUGAUAAAUGGCUGUCAAUUUCUUCUUGAAUCUAAUGUAAAUAUUGCUGAGCGAUGAUAAGAAGAGGACGCUCUUGCUCUGUACAGCGUGCACACUUGGCUUAAGGCAUACAGAACAAGGCAUUAUUUUGAGUACACACUUAUUCACAUCACUGAUUAUAACUUAUUCAUUAUGUGGGAAACAGAACUCCCUCCUGUUAGACAUUUGGUAAACAAGUUGUGCCAUAAUUUGUUUGGUUUGUGCAUUUAAAGGAGCUACGUGUUACUUUAUACAUGAAUUUCAUUUUAAAGUAAGGAGUGAAAUGAGGUAGUUUCGAUCUAGUCUACAUUUAAAGAAAUCCCUCUCAACCAAAACAACAAAAUGCCUAAAAUCACGAGACGGAAAAGAGUUCUUAUAGCAAACAUUAAGAUCCAAUGCAACUGUAUGCCUUAAGGAAAGUGUUCCCAUAUGUUGGUCUCAGUGUAUCAUAGGACGCUUCUUGAGUGAUGUCUUAUUUAACAUGGACAGACAUGAUGUUGAGUAUCAUGUCUUUAAUGUGCAUCUGUAUAAAGACACCAUGAAUGUCAUGAAGAUGAUGAUUGAUAAAGGCUAUCUUUGUACGCAUGUACUGUGUGAUUGUGCCUCUCUCAAACUAUGAAGGCCUUUUCACGUGUGUCUUUCGCAUGUGUACGUUAUUCCCCCGAGGAAACAGAGGGACUUGUCUGAAGUAGUAGCUUUGUUUUCUGCAGAAAGGUAAUAAAACCAUGUGUAAGAGUAGUGUGCAUGCAGUAUACUCACACUAUUGCCCUCCAAGCUUGAGUUUUCUGCCUAAAAGGUAGAUAUGCCGCCUUUAUUUCGACCACUAUAUCCGUAAGAAACACUCAAACUUCAAAAUGCUUCAAUCAAUUUGAAAUUAAAACAUGUGCCUCCCUCAUACAUGUGUUCUUUCAGAAAGACUUCAGACUCUUGCAAGGUGACUCUGCUGUAUGAGAACCUUUCUUCGAUGCAUGCUGGGAUAAAACUUAAGCCCCUUAAGCUCAGAGGCGUCCUGAAUGAGCAGGAAAAAAG